AUGGCGUUUGAUAGCAAUCAAAUUAGCUAUUGUGGAGUUCGGUUUUUGAUUUCCUAUUUGAAGGAUUAUAUCUUCAUGCUGCCACCGAGACAAAGCUUGUUGUGGACACUUCAAGAGGAGAAACAUUGCGCAUCAAUUUUGAUAUCACCUUUCCAGCAAUUCCAUGUUCAAUUCUCAGUGUUGAUGCCAUGGAUAUCAGUGGAGAGCAACAUCUUGACAUUGUAUAUGGCCUAUAUUAUGGAUACAAAUGAAGAAGAGAGGGUGAAGGGAAUAACAGUUGAAGUAGGAAGAGCACCUUUUGGAAUAGAGACGACGAGAUUACAAUUCUUGAUGCCUUGGUAA